CUCCCCAACACCGGUCUUCUCUUUCUCCUCUUCUCCCUUCUUCCUUCCGUCGUGCGGUUAGUUUGUGGUACGCUUCCAUCUGGACAUUCUUUCCCCCCUUGGAACCUCUACGGAGGAUCAAUUGCUUGAACGUUUGCUUAUUUGUUUCUUUCUUUCCUAAAGCUAAUACCGAGUCGGGCUUCUUAGUUUGAGCGCCCGUUAUCAUUCAUCAUGCGUUUCAACGCAGCUGUUGCUUCCGCUUUGGUUUCUUCGGCCACUCUCAUGGGCUAUGCUCAUGCUGAGGAGGCUGAGAAGAACCCCGAUGCUACCUCUGUUGUAGAGAAGCCAACUUUCACCCCUACCACCCUCAAAGCUCCUUUCCUCGAGCAAUUCACCGAUGACUGGGAAUCUCGGUGGACGCCAUCUCAUGCGAAGAAGGAUGACUCCCAAACGGAAGAGGACUGGGCCUACGUCGGUGAAUGGUCCGUUGAGGAGCCCACGGUCUUCAAGGGCAUCGACGGAGACAAGGGUCUCGUUGUGAAGAACCCUGCCGCUCACCAUGCCAUUUCGGCGAAAUUCCCCAAGAAGAUUGAUAACAAGGGCAAGACCUUGGUUGUCCAGUAUGAGGUCAAGCCUCAGAACUCCCUCGUUUGCGGUGGUGCCUACCUUAAGCUUCUACAGGAGAACAAGAAGCUCCACGCUGAGGAGUUCUCCAACGCCACCCCCUAUGUUAUCAUGUUCGGUCCCGACAAGUGCGGUGCUACCAACAAGGUCCACUUUAUCUUCCGCCACAAGAACCCCAAGACUGGUGAGUACGAGGAGAAGCACCUCAAGGCUCCUCCUGCUGCUCGCACCAACAAGGUCACUUCCUUGUACACCUUGAUUGUUCGUCCCGACCAGUCUUUCCAGAUCCUCAUUGAUGGCGAGGCUGUCAAGAACGGCACCUUGCUUGAGGACUUCAACCCUCCUGUCAACCCCGAGAAGGAGAUCGAUGACCCCAAAGAUAAGAAGCCCGCCGAUUGGGUUGACGAUGUCAAGAUCCCCGACCCUGAGGCCACCAAGCCUGAGGACUGGGACGAGGAAGCCCCCUACGAGAUUGUUGACGAGGAAGCCACCAAGCCCGAGGACUGGCUUGAGGAGGAAUCCACCAGCAUCCCCGACCCCGAGGCCGAGAAGCCUGAGGACUGGGACGAUGAAGAGGAUGGCGAUUGGAUCCCCCCCACUGUUCCCAACCCUAAGUGCAGUGACGUCUCUGGAUGUGGCCCUUGGAGCCCUCCGAUGAAGAAGAACCCUGCCUUCAAGGGCAAGUGGACUGCUCCUAUGAUCGACAACCCUGCCUACAAGGGCCCCUGGGCUCCCCGCAAGAUCGCCAACCCGGCUUACUUCGAAGAUAAGACCCCCUCCAACUUCGAGCCUAUGGGCGCUAUUGGCUUUGAAAUUUGGACUAUGCAGAACGACAUCCUGUUCGACAACAUCUACAUUGGUCACUCCGCCGAGGAUGCUGAGAAGCUCCGCAAGGAGACCUUCGAUGUCAAGCACCCUAUUGAAGUUGCCGAGGAGGAGGCUUCCAAGCCCAAGAAGGAGGAGACUGCCCCUGCCACCAGUGUUAGCUUCAAGGAAGACCCCGUUACUUUCGUCCGUGAGAAGGUCGACCACUUUGUUGGACUUGCCAAGGAGGACCCUGUGAACGCUGUUAAGCAAGCUCCUGAGGUCGCCGGUACUUUGGGAGCCCUGGUUCUCUCGAUGGUCCUCAUCAUUGUGGGUGCCAUCAAGGCCAGCAGCCCCGCCCCUGCCCCUGUCAAGAAGGGUAAGGAGGCCGCAGGUGCUGCCAAGGAGAAGGCUAGCGAGGCUGUCAGCAGCUCUGCGGACACGGGUAAGGGCGGCGCCAGCAAGCGUACCACCCGUUCUUCUGCUCAGUAAAAUUGUGAUAUGAUACCCGUGAGAAAGUGAGGACGGAGCGUAGGAAGAAGCAAAUAAAGUUAAACCCAGACAUUUUCAAUUUUGACAUCAUACCCGACGUGUAUUGCACGUUCAACCAACAGUCUUCCGUGGUAAACGUUGAGGGAAUCAUACCACUUUUGAUGAGAUACGAGAGCAUGCAGAUAGGGGGAACUGUUUCUGCUGGAGCUUGUAGAGUAGUCUUGUUCUUUACUUUGAAAACCGUUAUGGCUACCCUCAAAAUAUCCGCCGUAUUAUUGUCAUCUGAAUUAGGAAUUCAUGGACCUUUUCGCCGGAUCGUAUAU